CCAUGGGGAGCCCCCGGGCCGCGCGGCUCCUUCUCCUCCUGCGCCCGGUGAAGCUGCUGCGGAGGCGCUUCCGGCUGCUGCUGGCGCUCGCCGUGGUGUCCGUGGGGCUCUGGACUCUGUAUCUGGAACUGGUGGCGUCGGCCCAGGUCGGCGGGAACCCCCUGAAUCGGAGGUAUGGCAGCUGGAGAGAACUGGCCAAAGCUCUGGCCAGCAGGAACAUUCCAGCUGUGGACCCACACCUCCAGUUCUACCACCCCCAGAGGCUGAGCCUCGAGGACCAUGAAAUUGACCGAGGUGGAAGCAGUAACAGCAGCUACUUGAAGUGGAACAAGCCUGUCCCCUGGCUCUCAGAGUUCCGGGGCCGUGCCAACCUGCACGUGUUUGAGGACUGGUGUGGCAGCUCUGUCCAGCAGCUCAGGAGGAACCUGCAUUUCCCACUCUACCCCCAUAUUCGCACAACCCUGAGGAAGCUGGCUGUGUCCCCCAAAUGGACCAACUAUGGCCUUCGCAUCUUUGGCUACCUGCACCCCUUUACCGAUGGGAAAAUCCAGUUUGCCAUUGCUGCAGAUGACAACGCGGAGUUCUGGCUGAGCCUCGAUGAUCAGGUCUCAGGCCUCCAGCUGCUGGCCAGUGUGGGCAAGACUGGAAAGGAGUGGACAGCCCCUGGAGAGUUUGGGAAAUUUCGGAGCCAAAUUUCCAAGCCGGUGAGCCUGUCAGCCUCCCACAGGUACUAUUUCGAGGUGUUGCACAAGCAGAAUGAGGAGGGCACCGACCACGUGGAAGUCGCGUGGCGACGGAAUGACCCUGGAGCCAAGUUCACCAUCAUCGACUCCCUCUCCCUGUCUCUCUUCACAAAUGAGACAUUCCUACGGAUGGAUGAGGUGGGCCACAUCCCACAGACAGCAGCCAGCCACGUGGGCUCCUCCGACACUCUUCCCAGGGAUGAGCAGCCCCCCGCCGACAUGCUUCGGCCUGACCCCCGUGACACCCUCUACCGAGUGCCUCUGAUCCCCAAGUCACGUCUCCGCCAUGUUCUGCCUGACUGUCCCUACAAACCCAGCUACCUGUUGGACGGGCUCCCUCUGCAGCGCUACCAGGGACUCCGGUUUGUUCAUCUGUCUUUUGUUUACCCCAAUGACUAUACCCGCCUGAGCCACAUGGAGACCCACAAUAAGUGCUUCUACCAGGAAAAUGCCUACUACCAAGACAGGUUCAGCUUUCAAGAGUACAUCAAGAUUGACCAGCCUGAGAAGCAGGGACCGGAGUUGCCAGUAGGUUUUAAGGAAAGCCUUCUAGAAGAGCCCCAAUAUGGAGAUGUGGCAGAGGAGACCCCAGCCUCCAAUGACCAGAAUGCCAGGAUGCUGGAGGGAAAACAGACACCUGCCUCCACUCCGGAACAAGAUGUCACCGACUACCGCCUCCGAAGCCUGCGGAAACUCCUGGCUCAGCCUCGCGAGGGCCUGCGGGCCCCCUUCUCCAAGCAGAACUCCACAACGCCCUUCCCAGGGGGCACCGGCAGCAUUCCAGUGCCGCAGCCAGAGAAGAGGAAGCAAAAACUCAACCCUGAGCCCAGCCAAGAUUCACCUCAUUCUGACAAGUGGCCCCCUGGGAAGAACUUGCCUCAGAUUCGGGGGCCCAGACCCAGGCUCCAGCUCAAGCCUACUAAUGACAGCCCCAAGAAGACUCUAGAGCAGUCGCAGUGGCUGAACCAGGUGGAGUCGUACAUUGCAGAGCAGAGAUGGGCUGACAGGAUGCAGCCUCAGGCACCCAGGAGGGGCUGGCAUGGGGAUGAGGAAGUGGUGGCAGCUGUAGGCCAGGAAGGACAAGUGGAGGGAGAGGAAGAGGGAGGAGAAGAGGAAGAGGAAGAGGAUAUGAGUGAGGUGUUCGAGUACGGACCUGCAUUUGAUCCGGUUGUAAACUGGGACCAGACCUUCAGUGCCCGGAAUCUUGAUUUCCAAGCCCUGAGAACUGACUGGAUCGAUCUGAACUGUAACACAUCUGGCAACCUGCUGCUUCCAGAGCAGGAAGCUCUUGAGGUCACGCGGGUCUUCUUGAAGAAGCUCAACCAGAGGAGUCGGGGGAGGUACCAGCUACAGCGCAUUGUGAAUGUGGAGAAGCGACAGGACCAGCUACGUGGGGGUCGCUACCUCUUGGAGCUUGAACUGUUGGAACAAGGCCAGCGCGUGGUACGGCUCUCGGAGUUUGUGUCUACGCGAGGCUGGCAGGGCAUCGAUCCAGCUGGCAGAGAGGAGGCUGAGGCCCGGAACCUACAAGGCCUGGUCUGGGACCCACACAGCCGUCGGAGACAAGUCCUGAAUAGCCGGGCCCGAGAGCCCAAGCUGUGCUGGCCCCAGGGUUUCUCUUGGAACCACCAGGCCGUGGUCCACUUCAUUGUGCCUGUAAAGAACCAGGCACGCUGGGUACAGCAGUUCAUCAAAGACAUGGAAAACCUGUUCCCGGUCACCGGCGACCCACACUUCAACGUCAUCGUCACUGACUAUAGCAGUGAGGACAUGGAUGUUGAGAUGGCGCUAAAGAGGUCCAAGCUGCGGAGCUACCAAUACGUGAAGCUAAGUGGAAACUUUGAGCGCUCAGCUGGACUUCAGGCUGGCAUAGACCUCGUGAAGGACCCCCACAGCAUCAUCUUCCUCUGUGACCUCCACAUCCACUUCCCAGCUGGAGUCAUCGAUGCCAUUCGGAAGCACUGUGUGGAGGGAAAGAUGGCCUUUGCCCCCAUGGUGAUGAGGUUGCAUUGUGGGGCCACCCCCCAGUGGCCUGAGGGCUACUGGGAGGUGAAUGGAUUUGGGCUGCUCGGCAUCUACAAGUCUGACAUGGACAGGGUUGGGGGCAUGAACACCAAGGAGUUCCGAGACCGCUGGGGAGGGGAAGACUGGGAGCUGCUGGACAGGAUCCUCCAAGCGGGUCUGGAAGUGGAGCGUCUCUCCCUCAGGAAUUUCUUCCAUCACUUCCAUUCCAAGCGAGGCAUGUGGAACCGCCGCCAGAUGAAGAUGCUGUAGCUGCAGGGUGUUCGCUGGACCCAGCACUCCCUGCUCCUUGACUAGCAGCAGAUCCUCAGGGCCCAGCUGCUGUUCGGGGAUGGGGAGCGGUCCCCAGGAGGCCUUGAAGCUGACUUCAUCUGGAGCCAUCCCCUCACAGAGGCAGGUGCCAGGGCUCCUCCCUCUAUUCCCUGGGCCUUCAGAAGGGAGGACUUUGAGAGAGAGGCCAGGAGGGGCCACUUGUUCAGUGAAGAACGGGGACAGCUCCUGAGAAGGACGAAUCAGGAAGGAGAGAAUGGCUGACAUCAUCCUCAUCCGUGAAGGUGCAUGCCCACACCACCAGGCGCUCCUCAGGCCAAGUGCUGACCACCAACUAGACACUCUUCUAGUGGACCUAUUUUAUUGGUGGGGGUGGAGAUUUUUAAAACAGAAAACCAAAACUGCUGUCCAGAGGGCGGUAAGGUUGUGCAUUGAGGGACUGUCCCCACAUGCAGACCUCCCGCCCACUCCUAUGUCCUUGGGCAUUGUCCCUUGCCUCGGGGAUGAUCCCAUGUGGGGCAGUUCCCUGCUCCACCCCAGGCUCGUGCCUUCCAGAGACACAUCUCCCAGUAGCCACCAAACGGCAGGCCACCAAUUAGGGCAUUAACCUUCUCCUCCAGAUGCUCACUUCAGACCAGAAGCACAGAAGGGGCUGUUCCUGGGGCUUGGGCAUUGGGAGCUGAGGAGCUGGGUGGUGGGCUUGCCACUCCCCGUCACUGGACACUCAGGCCUGCCUGCAGAACAGGCAAGGUGAUGAAGGUGGGGGAGAGAAGCCUGUCCCCUUCCUGGCAUGCCUGUGGGUAGGCCUCUGGAGAACACAUGAAGAGGGAAACAGGAUGUGGCCAUAUCUGUCAAUUUCCUUAGACGAGAGAGGGCUGGGGGCUGGGCAGAAAGAGAUGAAAAGAAAGUGGAAGCUGUGAGCCUUGCAUCCAGCUCCCUGGCAGACCUGCCCUUCUACAGGGAGAGCCCUGGCCGCCUCGCCUUGUGUGGAAGAAGAGGAAGUUGUGUAUGGGAGUGAAACCCUGGAGCAGGGACCAGGGAGCAGAAUAAGAAGGGGGCAGGAUGAGAGGUUUGGGGAAGGUGAGAACAUUCCCCUGAGAAAUCCCCUGGAAGCAUGGAGAGGGGUGGGAGCAGGAGGAACUGAAGAGUGGAGCAAUUUCAGGGAAAAUAGUCCUUGGCCUUUUUAGUCUACGCCACCCUUUCUGUCACCUGGUGACCUUGUACUUUUCUUGCACUAAUAACCCCCAGUGCUUUUGUGGCUGGGGGUUUUUCUAUUGCUGCUGCUGCCUCCGCUGCUGCUGUGAAUUCACCCAUGGUGCAUUUGGACACUGCAUCUUGAACUCCAGAGUCUCACAGGGUGUGGGACAGGUGUGGGGGGACCCAGAAGAGCAGGCCACUGAGCCCACGCUCCAGGCUGUGACGGGCCAAAUCACAGCACUGGAGAUGCAGGGUCUGCCUGGCGGGCUCUGCAUUCCCCAAGAGCAUGAGCUUGGCACACAGGAGAGUAGAGUUCAUGGAGAAACUUCUGGGGUCUGGGGAGAAUCCCUACCUUCCUCUAAGGAAUUAUGAAGGACAAAGACUUUUGAGUUAACAUGCUGUGGCUUAGGAUAGCCAAACCUGCUCCCUGAGCUGUGGCUUCUGGUCCCUGCUGAGGCCUACUGUCCCCUGGAGAAGGGUCACGGGCCUAGGCUAGGGCUGCAGUUGGCCAGUGGGGUUGCCAGUUUCUUUCUGGGACCACUCUCAUCUUUGGGCAUUGCACUAGAAGGAUGGAACCAGCCCAAACUGCCCGCCUGCUUCACUUACAACGACUAGGAGCCAGCCCAGCCUCUUGCCCUGCCCACCACCCCUGCGCCCUGGGCCAGUGCCUUGACUUCGAUGUUUGUUACCUCCAUACCAUCUGCCUUAAGGGGAAGGGCCGGGCAUGGCCCCUACUCCCUAGGGAAAUGUCUUGGGUGGGAAGGGUGUGGGAUGGUGGGAGGGGAAGCAUUAAAUACAGCAACUUCCUAGAAAA